AUGGGAAAGACGCAAAUUUCUGAAAGACGCAAAUAUGGGAAAAACGCAAAUAUGGGAAAAACGCAAAUAUGGGAAAAACGCAAAUAUGUGAAAAACGUGAAUAUCGCAAAAACGCAAAUAUGUGUAAAAUGCAAAUAUGGGAAAAACGCAAAUAUGGGAAAAACGAAAAUAUGGGAAAAACACAAAUGUGGGAAAAACGCAAAUGUGGGAAAAACGCAAAUGUGGGAAAAACGCAAAUGUGGGAAAAACGCAAAUGUGGGAAAAACGAAAAUGUGGAAAAAACGCAAAUGUGGCAAAAACGCAAAUGUGGGAAAAACGCAAAUGUGGGUAAAACGCAAAUGUGGGGAAAACGCAAAUGUGGGGAAAACGCAAAUGUGGGAAAAACGCAAAUGUGGGAAAAACGCAAAUGUGGGAAAAACGCAAAUGUGGGAAAAACGCAAAUGUGGGAAAAACGCAAAUGUGGGAAAAACGCAGAUAUCGGAAAAACGCAAAUAUCGGAAAAACGCAAAUAUCAGAAAAACGCAAAUGUGGGAAAAACGCAAAUAUGGGAAAAACGCAAAUAUGGGAAAAACGCAAAUAUGGGAAAAAGGCAAAUAUGGGAAAAACGCAAAUAUCGGAAAAACGCCAAGACAGGAAAAACGCAAAGACGGGAAAAAUGCAAAGACGGGAAAAACCCAAAAACGGGAAAAACGCAAAGACGGGAAUAACGCAAAGACGGGAAAAACGCAAAUACGGGAAAAACACAAAUUUGGGACAAAUGCAAAUAUGGGACAAACGCAAAAAUGGGACAAACAGAAAUUUAGGACAAACGCAAAUAUGGACAAGAGAAAUUCAGGGACACAACAUGACUAG